GUGUUAGUUAAACUUAAAGAAGAGCUUAAUGUAUAUCCCAUCUCUAUUCACCUAAUUUAAAUAGCCCCUUGGCUGGUUUAUAGCCCCUCCAUCUUCCAUUGCCUCUUAUCUUAUAAAUACAACCAAACUUUCUUCUAAGCCUGAAAUCUCCCUCCCUCCCUCCCUCCAAAAAUACAAGAAAAACGCCCUUGAGUCCCAAGAGAAAGAAAUGGAAGUAAGAGUUGGUGAGGUAAGGAGAGUGAUUUUGGGAAGUGGGACAAACGUGAGGAGAAGCAACAAAACGAAGAAGAUGAGAAGAAAAAGCAUUGCCUGUGUAGCAGUGCUUACAAGAGCAGCAGAGAGUGGAGCAACAGAAGAAACAAGAAAACCAAACACUGUUUAUACAGACAACUGGUUUGAGAAAAUAGCCAUCCACCAUGUAUCUCAGGCAGUACAAGCAACCUCAGGUUGGAGAAGCAAUAAGAGUGGAUAUGAAAGCUUGGUGGAAGUGGCAACAAUGGCGUCAAGAAACUACAACCAGAUCAAACAAAGAGAGGUUAUCAUUCAGGCGCUUGGAAGAGCAUUUCCAGCUCCAAUCCUCUCUUUGAUAAGAACAUUGCUACCUCAAUCCAAAUUCGCAAGGGAAUAUUUUGCUGCAUUCACCACUGUCUUCUUUGCUUGGUUAGUUGGACCCUGCGAGGUGAAGGAAUCGGACUUCAAAGGAAAAAGAGAAAAAAAUGUGGUUCAAAUCCACAAGUGCAGGUUCCUAGAGCAAACUAACUGUGCUGGAAUGUGCAUUAAUCUAUGCAAGUUUCCAUGUCAGGAUUUCAUCAAGGAUUCUUUGGGAAUGCCAGUCAGCAUGGUCCCCAAUUUUGAUGACAUGAGCUGUGAGAUGAUAUUUGGAAAGGAUCCACCGGCUGCAGUCGAUGAUCCAGCGCUUAAGCAACCAUGUUACAAACUAUGUAUUAACCUUACACGAGUCUUCUUCUUCUUUUCUUAUUAUUACCCUUUACUUCUUUACCUGCAAGUGGAGAAGUCGUAUGUUAUAAUUCACUGGGCAAGGCAAAACAAAAGAAAAACAUACGACAAACUGCUUCAUUUAGAGCAAAGGGACGCUUGAAGCAAGAUUUUCGGAUUAGAUCCGUUUUAGCUCCCAACUGUUUUUGUUUUCAAUAUUUUCAGGAUUGCAGCAGAAGCUCUUUUCUUCUUCCAAGAUGUACAGAUACUUUUACGGUUUAUGCAUCAGAUGCCAAAACAACUUUGCAGGAAUCUGGCUUUCAUGAUCAUUACAAUGGUUCAAAGAUGAAAUCUACAGUACUGUCAGAUAUCAUGAAUACAAUUAAAGCCGAUGCUGUAAUUACAAUCGAUUAUCCUCAGGUGAGAUGCUAAAAUGAACAAUAUAUUUCAUAGUGCCUUAAUAGAAAGAAAACCAUCCUUUGCUGAAAAACAGCUAAGUGAAACAUUUCCUCAAACAGUUAAUAUUGCUUCAGCAUGUGACUUGUGAGUUUGAUAAAAAAAAAAAAAAAUUAAUUAAUUAAUUAAUUAAUUUAAUAUGAAAUAUAAUAUUUUGCCAACUUGAUAUAGUAUCUUAAAUGCACAUUAAUAUUGGUAACCAAUAACUGUCCUCUUUACUAGUUAGCUGUUAUUUCAGCUCUGCAAAAUAUAAACAUUCUGCAGCUGAAGAUUCUAAACCAUGGGUAUUAUUGCUCUAAUGUUCACAAAGGGACGCUCUCUGUCGACUCAAUAAACAUAGAAUGAUCAGUUACUUGGCUCUGACUAGGAAACUCAAUUUUCAGUAUUUGUGAGACUGUCGAUCCUGAUACAACAAAACAUAAUUCAUCACGUUCAUAAUUCAUUUUGAAAACCUCAGUUAUUUUAUGAUAGACUACCCUUAUCGCAAUAGUAAUUGAUCUAGUUAAUUUAAAGAGGCUAUCCACGUGAAACAAUUAUAAUGGUUGUAACAACCUCAAUAAGUUCGAAGCGACUGAAAGAUGCAAACAUGGAUGUGAUUAGGCUAAUUUGAUCCACUAAUUACAAGGACAAUAUUGAUGAUUAAUUCCAAUUGUGUAUACACUAAUGAUCAUUCAGAUAUUCAACGAAAUCAGUACUUUUAAUGAUUAUUGAUUCUGUUCUCUUUGAUAAGGCUUAAGACUGAAAUUAUACGUAUCAUUUUCCUGUUUAGAAAAUGGCAAAGGCAAUUAUUUUCUUUAUUAAAUAUUUAAAGGUAUCCAUUUUGA